GCUGCUCGUGGCAACGGGGAAGCAGCCAUCUUGGAAUAGAUGGUCAACGAAGGUGAAGGGCUAGCUUUACGUGCUGUGAUAUCCGUUUGAUCGCAUCUAAACACCGACAGGACUUCAGAAAUGGCUGGAACGCUAGCUCAGGCUCGUGUACAGCUUCAGAAUGCUGAAAGUUCUAUCCUUUUUAUGCAACAAGAGCACGCAAAAACAUUGCAGGGACUCUAUGCGGAGAUCAACAAGCUCCAAAAGAAAUGUGGAGAACUAACUUUUAAACUGGCUAUGAGCGCUACAACUUCAAUCGACAAUGAAGGUCAAAUAAAACAUUCUGUAGAUGAGUCACAAAAAGUACUGGCUGAAUUGAAGACCGAGAACAUUGAACUUAAAGGAAUUAUUGAAAAGAAGAACAAAAGAAUUGUUGUUCUGGAGGCUCAGCUGAAAACACUGGAUCAAAAGUAUGUCAAGGAUUUAUCAGAAAAAGAAUCUAAUCUGAUAACUGUGUUAAAGGAACUUGAAAAGAAGUCAGACACUGUAGCAUAUCUGACCUCUCAACUUCACAAUAGCAAAAUACGACAGUCUGGAAGACAUCAUCAAAAUCAGCCUUCCACAGGGAAAAGCAUCACUGAAGUUGCUAAGGAGUCACAAGAUACAAAAAUAGAAAGUAAUAUAGCUGUGGAGAAUGGAUCAUCACACACAGAUACCACAGGGGGGACAUCCUCCAGAACACCUGUACCACCAAGACAGGGUACUCCUUCCAAUGUUCAUCGACGGUAUCACAGGUCUACUACAUCUCCUGUUCCUCAAUUGUUAGGUACUAAGAUGAAGACUUCAAGAGCUGUUGGAAUCCAAGCCUCGCCAAAUGAGAUCCAACUGAAUGUAGCACCCAUGAAAUCAACCAAAGGCAUGCCCUUGCGUCCAAAGCGAGCUUCUUCUCCUUCAAGACCAGGGCUAGGAAUUUCAAAAGGUAUACAGCGUUCUGCUGGAAGGGACAGACCUUUACCUGAUGAUUAUGUAGAGUUCCUAAGAACUGGAACCAGACCAGAUCCGCAGGUAGUGGUAAGGGCUGUACCAGAACCCUUGCCACCAAUUUCUGCAAAUGAAAGACUAGCCUCGACACCAAAAACUCCAUACGCUGGAAGGGUUCAAAUGAACAGGGUGCAUUCCUCCCAGGGGGUACCUGCAACAAUCUACACAGAUGGGUCUACUGCCGUAGAGGAUGUGGGAAAAAUUAUUGUGUCACCACUAAGUUCACCGGAAAAAGGGUGGCGGCACAAGCAGCAAUCGCAACAAAAUGGACCAGAAUGAAUAAAUGAACUGUAUUAUAUUGUACAUAUUGCCAUUUUUUGAUCAACGUAUUCAUAAGCCUGAAGUCAUUUGUUUUGAGAAGUAGCAUGUACAUUUUAAUGUAAAUAGUGUGUAUAUGUUUCAAUUCCUUGAGCCUUUUAUUCUGUUAUUAUCAUCUGUUUUAGUGAAAUAGUCUUGAAGAUGUGUUGAUAAUAAUAUAUAAUGGAGGAUCAAAGAGUUGACAAAUGUCUCAUCGAUUAAAUGUGUACAUUAGAUUCUUAUUUUUUAUGUGAUGGUUUUCUUGUUACUCUCCUAAAACUUAAAGCUUUUUAGCAUAGGUUUGUAAAAAAUCUCAAAUUUUUAUUUGUACAGUUAUGCUUAGACAGGGACAAAAGCCAACAUAGAUUACUGGUAAUUACUUUAUAGAUAGAAACUGUGCAUAUAUAGACUUGUAGCAUAAAACUGUUAUGAUAUCAAAACUGAAAGUGUGACUUGACUUUUGUGGUGAGAUUGUGAACAACCCAAGCAGGUGUGGAUGUUGGCAUCCUUACCUACUUGAAGUUGUACUGAAAGCAAUAAAGAAGUUGCUUCUUUAUCUGA